AUGGUCGAGAUAGUCGCGGAUAACCCCAUUCCACAACUUUCCCAGCCAACCGAUUACGGAAUCCCUCCUCCUCCAGUCCCGCCUCAACAAAUUCCUCUCCAAAUACCGGAGCCCGAGUUUUCAGAUCGAGAAUCGGUAGCUUCUGCCGGAAUCUCGGCCACUACAGCUACAGUAAUCCAGCCAGCUCAACCAGCUGUUGUUCCGGUUAUUCCGAUUAUUCCGGCCAAACCGGUUCUACCGAAACCUACCGUAGCCCCAGCGAGAAAAGGUGGCCUGUUCGAUUCGGACGGUUCAGAUGAAGAGGAUAUAUUUGCACAGGCGAAGAAGCGAGUGGCAACAAAAAGCGAAUCUCCAUUCGAUAGUUCUCUAUCGCAAAAAUCGACCGUAAGCAGUAUCGGGUUUCUGGAGGAAGAGGCCGAACCGGACGAACUACACCAGAAUAAGCCCUCUCAACCGGAAAAGCCGAAAAAUAUCUUUGCUCCGUCAUUGGCUGAUGUACUCAGUGCCACCUCAAGCCUGCGCAAUAAGCCUACUGACGCUUCCACUCCGGCCGUACGACAACCUCAACCAGCCCCGAAACUGUUUGAAGAGCCACCUGUAGUACGAUCGGAGCCAUCAAUCUCCCAGCCGGCCAAGAAAUCCCUCUUCGAUUCUGACGAUUCGGACGAUGACCUUUUCUCAGCUGCGCCAUUAACGAGCCAGAAAAAGACAACAAAAGGGCUCUUCGAUUCGGAUUCGGAUGACGAUCUUUUUGCCGCCAUCAAGAGGCGCCCGGUCACUCAUCCUCCUCCAAAACAACAGACGGAACAGCCGAAGAACGAGCCUGAACAAUCGACGGCCUCUGGGGGUCGUCUCCUUCCUGUCAAAGCGUAUAUUGGGACGAGUGAGAGGCCUGAGAAGAAAUCAACUCCAGCUCAAAUCACCCAUAAAAAGUCUCUCUUCGACGACUCGGACAGCGAUUCCGAACUUUUUAAGAAGCCAACAAAACCUGAGCCGAAGAAAGAGGAACCUCCGAAACAAGAACUAGAAAAAACUGCCCCGGAAACUACGCAACAAUCCAUCGUACAACCUACAGUAUCACCAGUGAAAGUCGAGGAAAAGAAGGAGCAAACGCCAGAACCCGAAGCCCCGCCUCCUUUCCCGAAGUCUAGAUCCCCUCCUGCUACCGUAGCUAAACCGGUAGAAGCGGAGCUUGAAGUCCCACCACCAUUUUUGGGAAACCGAGAAGAAGAAGCUCUCGAAGCUCCGCCUCCUUUCCGAUUUGAGCCUGAAGAAAGAGAAGAGCUUCCAUUUGGGCCUCCAUCUUUUGCGUCUGCCGCUGAGGAGCCUGAUUUCCCACUUCCGAUCCCGUCAGAUCAUCUUCUAUAUUCUCCACCGCCUUUUGAUAUCGAUCGAUUGAGUCGGAAAGACGAAGAAAAGCAGCUCGAAUUCCCUGCUGAAAAAGACGAAAAAGAAGACCAGCCACUACCAAACAACACAACACUUGACGAUACAGAAGAGAUGAGUGGUGCACGAGGGAAGCUGAACAAUUCGGCUUUUGCCUCGAAGCUCAGUGCAGCGCUGGCUAUGCCACCUGGGGGCCCUCGCCCUCCCGGAGCCCCAUCCUCCUCCACCUCCUCCCCAGCCUCAUCCUCAUCAGCUGGCCCUCUCCGUCGCGCAGCCUCUGAACAACCACCACGAUCUCCAGAAUCGAGACUAUUUGAUGAGAAACCAUCCCUGCUCUCCUCAAUGGCAAAGGGGAGACCGAAGGGACCACCUAGGAGACCUCCUACUACACGAAAUCGACAGUCACAGGACAGCAAUAGCUCUCGCCCCAUCUCUGUCACCUCAUCCAGAGCUUCCUCAACCGAUCAGAAAGAGGAAUCGGCACCGAUCUUCCGUCGUAAUCCCUCACCUAUCCAGAUUCGAGCCACGAAAUCAAUGGUUUUACCCAGUAGCCCAAUCAAAUCGGAUGAGGUGGUGAUCGAGAGGAAACUGUCGAACACCAGGAUAUCUGAAGGAGGAUCAACUUCCGGGAGGAAGAGCUCGACCAGUUCUUCGCGCAGCUCGCUACAUGGGGGUGAUGAGGAUAAGAAGAGUGUUACUGCUGUACAGAACAGUCCUCCGAUCGUUCGAAAAGGGUCGACCGGAAGUCGUAUUUCCAUCACGUCGCAAACGGUCAAAUCCCAGGAUACGAAAGAGCCAACCCAACCAAAAAAGAAAUCGCUCUUCGACUCGGAAAGCUCGGAUGAUGAUCUCUUCCGAGGAAAAGCCGCCUCAACCACGAAAACGGCCCCGAAAAAGGCGUCUGUUAUCACCACCACGGUCACAAAAGAUAAUACGAAACCCCCGGCUGGGCCGAGCUCUACUUCUACUACUUCUCGCCCUCCCGCCCCAAAAACCACUUCCACCGCCCCGAAAAAGUCGCUUUUCGAUGACUCGGAUGAUGAUCUGGACCUUUUCCGAAAGAAGAAA